UUCUCACGUUUGUUUAUUUUCUGGCGGCUGUGAGUGUAAAUGACGGUUAAUCUAAAUUCUUAUUGUUAUACGUACAUAAUACGUUAACCUAUAGGAAAUUAUAAAAUUUAAAAUGCCGAGUGAAAUGAUAACUCUGCAACUCGGCCAGUGCGGCAACCAAAUUGGUUUCGAGUUUUGGAAGCAGUUGUGUAUUGAACACGGAAUAUCCCCUGAUGGUAUUUUGGAGGAGUUUGCAUCCGCGGGCUCUGACCGUAAAGAUGUAUUUUUCUAUCAAGCAGACGACAAUCAUUACAUUCCAAGGGCAGUACUCUUGGACUUGGAGCCUCGUGUGAUACACACGAUUUUGAAUUCCCCAUAUGCUAAGUUAUACAAUCAAGAGAAUGUAUAUUUGUCAAAACAUGGUGGUGGAGCGGGCAAUAACUGGGCAUCUGGCUUUGCUCAGGGAGAGAAGUUAAAUGAAGAAGUAUUUGACAUUAUAAACAGAGAGGCAGAUGGCAGUGAUAACUUGGAGGGUUUUGUACUGUGUCACUCAAUAGCGGGAGGUACUGGGUCAGGCAUGGGCUCAUAUAUCCUGGAGCAUCUAUCGGACAGGUUCCCUAAGAAACUUGUACAGACAUACAGUGUAUUCCCCAACUUGGAUGAAAUAAGUGACGUAGUGGUGCAGCCGUACAACUCGCUGCUGACACUGAAGCGUCUGACGGAGAGCGCGGACUGCGUGAUGGUGCUGGACAACACGGCGCUCAAUAGGAUAGCUAGUGACCGCCUGCAUAUACAGAACCCCUCGUUCGCGCAGAUCAACACGCUCGUCUCCACAAUCAUGAGUGCCAGUACUGCGACGCUGAGGUAUCCAUCGUACAUGAACAACGAUCUGAUCAGCCUGGUGGCGCCGCUCAUCCCCACCCCGCGCCUACACUUCCUCAUGACGGGCUACACGCCGCUCACGGCCGACCACGAACUCAAUACAGCGCCAAAGAUCAGGAAGACCACAGUACUGGACGUGAUGCAGCGACUUCUGCAGCCGAAGAACAUGAUGGUGUCCCUCAGCCCCGACAGAGCCAAUCAGCACUGCUACAUAUCCAUCCUUAACAUCAUACAGGGCGAGGUGGACCCGUCGCAGGUGCACAAGUCUCUGCAGCGCAUCCGCGAGCGCAAGCUGGCGUCGUUCAUCCCGUGGGGGCCGGCCUCCAUCCAGGUGGCGCUGUCGCGGCGCUCGCCCUACGUGCACGCCUCGCACAAGGUGUCCGGCCUGCUGCUCGCCAACCACACCAACAUCUGCUCCCUAUUCGACCGCUGUCUGCAGCAGUUCGACAAACUGCGCAAGCGCGAGGCGUUCCUUGAAGUGUUCCGCAAGGAGCCCAUGUUCAAGGAAUCUCUGGAAGAGUUCGACGAAUCGCGCGCGGUUGUCGAUGAACUGGUGAAAGAGUACCAGGCCGCUGCUACUCCAGAUUACGUGCAUUGGAAUCCAGAAAGCAGCUCCAUAUAGCAACCCGUGGCCGGCAGCUAGAACUCUAUGGAAAAACGUUUGAGCACAAACAGGACACCUACACCUAGAUAUAUUUCUAAUUCUAAUUGCGCGUUCAACUAACGAUGCGAUUAAAUGUAUUUUAUAAAAUGUUAUAAAACGUUAUUGAGCACGAAAUUCUCUGAAACUUGUUAUUUGUUAGUAGUGGAUGUUUUAUUAUUUGUUAUAUAACAUUUUAUAAAUGCGUGGUAGUGCCAUUAUGUGAAGUUUAGGUAGGAUACGUAAUAUUCAGACUUCUACACAAACACUUUACUUUAACACUUCAGCACUUCUACCAAAAAAAAAUAAGUUAAAAAACAAUAAAGUUAUGGGAAAGUAUAACUAAGACACACGUUAACCUCCUACUAAACUAAAGGAUGGAGUCUUUGGCAACACAGUCUCAAUCAUGCACUAUAGUAAUUAAUUGAGUAUUCUUAUUAAUUGAUUGUUCUUCGUAUAGCCGUGUUACAAAUCCAUCUAUGAUUUUUUGUAUUCAUGGUUGCAGGUCCGCGGGAGUUAUAAUCUCGCUGGGUUCUCAAUUCGUUUCAGAUCGGUCUUUGCGGAAUUGAAGUGUGUUGUAAAAUUCUAUCAAAAUUUGAUCGCGGUACAACCAGUGUUUAUAAGUUACUUAGUACUUAGGGUAAAAACAACAUAAGUGUUAAUUUUCAUUGAUUCCUGAGGAAACGCGUUCGGAAUUCGAAUAAAAAUUAUAAAGGAAUGGUGGAUUAUAUUGGUCGCCACCAAACUCGCGGUGAAUCUCCGAAUGUUUUUUAUCGUAGCCUCUAGUGCUGUCUAUUUCUGUACGGCUGCGAUUUAAUGAAAAUGCAACCUUAAAGCUAUGCUACAUGGUGAGCAACCAGGCUCCACACGUAACACCUUUCUUCCAAUCCAAGUUUCCAAUCAUGUAGACAGUUUGCUGCCAAAUUUCGCUUAAGCUUUUGUCCUGCCUUGGUAGACCUUAUUUCGCCAAUAUCUUCAGUUUCGCGAGGCUGCCGAAAUUGGUAGCUUGUGAUAUUGCAAUAAAAAGUUCCAGUUUUCUUUCCCCAUUUCAGGAUACUGUAACAUUAUACAUUCCUUCAGCCAACUCUUGGUUCAUUCCCCCUUUUUACGCACGCUUUUUUUAUAAACAAUGUUUUCUACGAAACAUUGUAAAAUGAAAAGCAGAGCCAUUUUUAAUGGCUGUUUUCUUUACACAUCAUAUCAACAGCUCCACAACAGGAAACGGGUAUCCUCCCAAAAUGAGAAGGGGUUGGUUAAUGCCUGAUUACCCACCAAGGGAACUGAGGUGAAAGUCCGGUUGUCCACCUGGAAUCACAGCUUUAAAGCCUGGAAUCUCGAGAGGGCUUGAUUCUCCAUUGUUGAUGAUAACUGUGUGCCAUUCUUUAAGUAAUCUCUUGUAAAUAAUUUUAUGUUUUCGUUUUUAGAAGUCAUUGAAACCAGCUGGGUCGGUUUCAACGUCUACAACAUUGAAACCGAACCGAACUGAGUGUGUAUGGGUUUCGUAAAGUAAUACCUCUUUUCAGCCAUCCAGUUAAUAAGAUAUAAUGUUUUACUGCAUGGUUAUUACCAAUUAAUCUAUGAUUAGAUCAAAGUUAAAUUGGAGAUCCUAGAUUUUGAAAACGAACCGAACUGAGAACGUAUGGGUUUCGUAAAGUAAUACCUCUUUUCAGUCAUCCAGUAUAAGAUAUUAUACCUUAUACUACAUGGUUAUUACCAUAUAUUAAUGUAUGGUUAGAUCGAAGUUAAAUUAAAUCUUAGAUUUUUAAGAGAGUUUUUAGCUGUUUUGUAUUAUACUCCGAAUAAUCUUGUGAUAUUUUACGACGGAUGAUCCUGACCUAUUUUUUUGGAGUCAAAAAAAGUUAACAUGUCCUUUCAUAUAAAAUGACACUUUAAUGCGACGUUUACUCGAAAACAUCCAAAUAUUUUUUAUUGUUGUUUAAUAAAUUUUUUGUUGGUUAUUACAAGAUUCUGUUGAUUCAAGAUCUAACGAAAAAUUGUAUGAUGUUUUUCGAAAUCCUCAACCAUCGUGCUGCCUUAAAAGUGCGUACGUUCAUUUUUCGACUUUUAUUUAAGUACCCUACAUUUUAAUAUUUAAAUACACUUUAAAGCCUCGAUAUCAAGUAGUGGUAGAGCUUUUUGUGCCAGAGCUCGUCCGGGUACAACUGGCCUGGUCAUUUUCACCGGCAAGCAGAAUUACUGUAUUUCAGUAAUUACAAGUACAUAUUAUUAUUUAACAGUGAGUAAUCUUUGCAUGCCUUGCAAAGUGUAGCUCUGUUUAUUAGCGAUUGUUUUUCACAUACUUCAGGUGGAUCGGAUGGAAUCGGGUGGAAUCGGGUGGGUCGAUCAAUUAUUACAAUAAAAAAAUUAAAACAAUAUGUUAGAAUAUAGGAAGUCGAGUGAACGAUAAUAUUGUGGAGAAGCUAUUUUAUGAUUGGAAAAAACUCCACGGCAUCAAAAUGUAAUGGCUAUUCAGACUAAUAAACAUUACCUAAUUAACUAAUA